UGCCCCUCCCGCUCCCCGACCUCCGAUCCGGCGAGCUCGCCUUCUUGCCCCAGAAUCACGAUCCACGUCCUCUUGCUCCCUCCCGCCACCAGCUCGCGCUACGUCUGAUCCAUUGCUCUCGCGAUUCCACGGCCGCGACCAUGGGCGGCACCACGGUGCUCCCGCCGUCUCUGCCCCCGCGCCGUAGCGCCGCCGCCGCCGACCUUCACUCGUGCUUUUCCCGCGUGCGCGUGAACCCUGCCCUGAUGGCGGACCCCGCCGCUGCCAAGAGGCCGAAGCGUGCCAUGUCCGUGCACGACGGACCGCAGCCGCCGGCGAAGCGCGUACGCGGCGUCUGCCCCGGCGGCGAGCUCCGCGUCGCGGUCACCACCGCCAAGAUCAACCUUCCGUGUCCCACGAGCGCCAAUGAUCCGAAGAGUCCUGCGUGCUUCCAGUCCUCCGUGAUCAAGAACCAGGUCGCCGAAUCUCCGGCGAGCGCGACACAAUCGAAGCCGCCGAUCAACAUGCGCGAACUCAUCGAGAAUGCUCGCCACGCCAAGGCUUGGGCUCGCCCUGCCGCCGCGGAAGAAGAGGCCAGCCGUCGGCGUGACAUCGAGCGCAGCAGAGCAGAGGCCCGGCGGAAGGUGGAGCGGAUGGUGGACACCGUGCAGUUCAACGACCCCCUACAUCGACCCCUCAGACGUGACCAAGUCCCCACAGGAGCUGCUCGAAGCAAGACAAGAAGCAUGGCGUGCUCAAGCUCAGCUCGUUGCGAUGGCUCGUCGACGGGACAUGGAGACGUACAAGUGAUGCAUGCAUGCAUAUCCACGGACGUGUGCUCAAGUGAAGUGAUCCAAGGAGGAGGAGAAAGCUCUUCCGGUGUGCAGUGCAGUAUUACCGGUGGUGCUCUAACUUAGCCGAGAGAAGCAGAGGAAGUAGACUCUGCACUUUGCACUCUGCAGUACUGGUGGUCUUAC